AUGGCUUUCCUCCUCACCUCCACCCUCCUCGCCGGCCUCGCCGCCGCCCAAUCCGUCGGCGAGGCCCCGAGCGCCCCUAACGCCACCGUCUGCCCCGACGUCGAGACCUGCCAGGAGAACUGCAUCAUGGAGGGCGUCUCCGACUACGAGGCCUACGGCAUCUUCACCGACGGCGGUGCCCUCACCCUCAAGCACCUCCGCGAGGACGGCAGCGUCUCCAGCCCCCGCGUCUACCUCCUCAACGAGGCCGAGGACGAGUACGAGAUGAUCAAGCUCACCGGCCAAGAGUUCACCUUUGACGUCGACGGCUCCAAGCUCCCCUGCGGCAUGAACGGUGCCCUCUACAUGUCCGAGAUGGCCGCCGACGGUGGCUUGAGCGAGCUCAACACCGGCGGUGCCGCCUACGGUACUGGUUACUGCGAUGCCCAGUGCUUCACCACCCCCUUCAUCAACGGUGUUUGCACCGGCGACGAGUGCGCCUUUGACGGCGUCUGCGACAAGAACGGCUGCGGCUACAACCCCUACCGCGUCCACCAGUUCGAGUACUACGGCCCCGGCUACACCGUCGAUACCGCCCGCCCCGUCACCGUCGUCACCCAGUUCCCCGCCGACGACGAGGGCAAGCUCAAGGAGAUUCGCCGCCUCUACGUCCAGGACGGCAGGAUCAUCAAGAACGCCGUCAUCGCCGUCGAGGGCCUCCCCGAAUACAACUACGUCACCGAUGAGUUCUGCGCCGCCACCGGCUCCGACCGCUUCAUGGACCUCGGCGCCCUCGGCGGCAUGGGCGACGCCAUGACCCGCGGCAUGGUCCUCUGCAUGUCCAUCUGGUGGGACGAGGGUGGCCACAUGACCUGGCUCGACUCCGAGGAGGCUGGCCCCUGCAAGGAGGGCGAGGGUGACCCCAAGAACAUCCUCGAGGUCGAGGCGAACCCCACCGUCAUCUUCUCCAACAUCAAGUGGGGUGAGAUCGGCUCUACCUACAAGCCCGAGUGCAAGAAGAAGUCCAAGCGCUCCUCUAAGCGCAUCCCGUCCGGCGACAUCUAA